AUGCGAGCAAAACCAAAAAAUGUCCUCAUUCUUAUCGGAAUUGUGUGUACACUCCCUCUGUUCUGGCUUUCACUGUUCACGAAGCAAGAUGGUAAUUACGAACAGCUUUUGGAACGAAGAUUCUCAGAACUUAGAGAGAAAUUACAAUCAGCAGAGUUACUGAACAGACAGCGUGAAAAUGACUUGCACAUGGUCCGAAGUCAAUUUACACAUCUCCUGCAGACUCUUGCCCACAGCAAUGUAACCAACAGAACUUCUGCUGACUUUGGCUUGGGCUUGCCAAUGUCCAGUCUUCCAAACAUCAGUGACCUCUACUCUCAGGGGUCAUUGCACCUGCCCAGUCUUUUUACUUACCUUCCCCACCUCAUCGGCAAGUCAGAGAGUUUGAAGCCCAAGUAUCAGCUAACCAACAGCAGAUAUGGCACUUCUAUCGUGUUUGGUAUCCCCACCAUUAAAAGAGACAAUGUUAGUUAUCUAACGGCAACAGUGAAAUCUCUCAUCAGUGGCAUGUCUCCUAAGGAGCGUGACGAAAGUUUGAUUGUUGUCUUCGUAGCGGAGCCCUGGAACAUGGAAUAUGUUGAAGAAGUCGGGAAACUGAUACAGAAUGAGUUUGGUCAACACGUAGACAGUGGUUUAUUGGAGAUCAUCUCUCCCUCCCCAGAGUUCUACCCAAACCUGAACAACUUACCACAGACAUAUGGAGACACCAAAGAUAGGGUCAAAUGGAGAACCAAACAGAAUUUGGAUUUCUCUUUCCUCAUGUUGUACGCAAGGAGUAGAGGUGUAUACUAUGUACAGCUUGAAGAUGAUGUCAUUGCAAAACCGGGGUAUUUCUCCAUCAUGAAAAAGUUUGCUGAACAACAACAUACAGAGGAAUGGAUGCUGUUGGAGUUCUCUGCUCUUGGAUUCAUUGGUAAAAUGUUCAAGUCAGUAGAUCUGCCACUGGUAGUUGAGUUUUUCCUCAUGUUCCAUCGAGACAAGCCCAUUGAUUGGUUACUGGACUAUCUUCUGUCGGUGAAAGUCUGUAACCCAGAAAAGGACUCGCGUCAUUGUACCAGAAUGAAGGCGACUGUGAGGAGGCGGUACAAGCCAUCACUGUUCCAACAUGUGGGGAUGAAGUCGUCUCUCAAGGGCAAAGUACAGAAGCUGAAGGACAAAGAUUUUGGUAAACAAAUGCUUCAUCGAGCACAUGCUAACCCCAGCGCAGACCUAACUUCUAGUCUGAAGAUGUACCAGAAGUAUUCAUUCCAGAAAGCUUAUAUUGGCCAAGAUAUUUUCUGGGCCACAGAACCAAAGAACGGAGACUUGAUCAACAUUAAAUUCAAAACUCCAAUGGAGCUUGAUGGUGUUUUGUUUAGAAGUGGAAAUCCUGCCCAUAUAGCAGAUAUAUUCUAUAACACAAGUGUUGAGAUCAUGCCAGACAACCCAGAUGAUGAGAAUGAAUUGAUUCAACAUGGAAUCCGAAAGACACUAGACGGGUUCUUCAUCAUGGGUUGGUUUGAUGAGGACGGUCUCGCUGAUUGUACUUUUCCCUCAGACAUUGGGAAGAUAUCAAAAAUUAGACUUCAUGUUCAUGCUAACAGUAAAAACUGGAUCAUUCUGAGCGAGGUUCACAUAAAAACCAGGGAGUCUGGUAGCUGACAGUCUUUUUGAGAUAGGAC